AUGAAAAUGCGAUACAACUCGGAGAAGAGGAGGAUGGAGGUUGGAUAUUCACCCGAUUGUGUGGAGGCCUUGUCAUCCUCGUCGGCAGAAUCAAUGGAUUGUGGCGAGGCGACCAAUGAAAGGAGAGAUAGGAACGACGACCAAUCAUAUGAGAGCGAAUUUCCGAGUCUCUCAAACUCUUCAGUGGCAUUCUACGCCAAAAGAAGGCUCUCCAUUGAAGGUCUUCCAUUGCCUGGCUCGACAGAUUCCACAUUUGCAUGUCUUUUAAGACUUAGAAAGAUUGUAAAAUUGACAGAACAAAACAAGAUAACCAAAUCGGUCCUCAUCGAAAAUCUCACCUAUGCACUUCAAGUGGUCGAGAAGACCUACAUCGAAGAGACCAAGCGCCUUCGCGACGAAGAUGACGAGCUGUCGGAGACCGCGUGCUCUGAGGUGCCCGACGAGGUGCGCAACUGGUUGGCCUCAACCUUCACUCGCAAUCCCUCCGGCGGUAGGCGCGUGGCCAAACCGCGCUUCAGAUCCGUGGUCAAUGCCAUUCGAGCGGGAAUUGUGGUGGAGAGAAUUUAUCGUCGAAUGUCAAGUUGCACUUGCCUUAUACUUCCUCCCAAUGUGGUCCUCCUUCUAAAGAGUGGUCUUGACGAGUGGAACUUCAAUGUGUUUGAGUUCAACGAGGUCAGCGCCGAUCACGCGCUGAAGUAUGUCGGCUUCGAGCUGCUGCAUAAGUAUAACCUCAUCUCGAAAUUUCAGAUUGACAACUCGAGGCUGGAGAAUCUACUUUUGCGAUUGGAAAUAGGGUACGGCAAAUACAAGAACCCCUACCACAACCUUAUUCAUGCCUCGGACGUUGCGCAAACCUGCCACGUCAUCCUCACCACCAGCAAACUUCGGGAUUAUCUGACAGAUUUGGACAUUUUCGCAGUGAUCUACGCAGCUCUAAUCCACGACUUUGAACACACCGGAACAACAAACAACUUUCACAUUCAAACACAAACGGAGCUUGCGAUGCUCUACAACGAUCGCAACGUCCUCGAGAACUUCCACGUCAGUGCCGUGUUCCGCAUCACCCAGGAAUCCGAAUUUAACAUCUUUGAAAACAUGCCCAAGGAACAGUAUCAGUGA